CCGAAUUCUUUACCCAAAAAUUCUAAAUUAUUACCUAAAUACCUAACCUUAUAAUUUCCUAUGGUCUUUAUAUCAAUACGUGUAAAAUGGAUCACGUCAUAGAAGAUAAUAUUUCUGAAAAUGAUGAGGAGGAUACUUUUUUUCAAAAUGUUGAUAUUUUACAAAACCACGGCAUAAAUGUAGCAGAUAUUAAGAAAUUAAAAGCGGCAGGUAUUUGUACUAUUAAAGGAAUUCAAAUGACAACAAAGAAAAAAUUAAACAAUAUAAAAGGCUUUUCUGAAGCAAAGGUAGAUAAAAUUAAAGAAGCUUGUCAAAAAGUAGCAUCUCUUGGAUUUAUGACUGGUCUAGAAGUUAGCGAUCGUCGAAAACAAAUAUUUAAGAUUAGUACCGGAAGUAAUGAACUUGAUAAACUCCUUGCAGGCGGUAUAGAAUCAAUGGCAAUUACAGAAGUAUUUGGAGAAUUCCGUACUGGAAAGACACAGCUGUCGCACACAUUGUGCGUUACCACGCAAAUUCCAAAUUCGACAGGAUACCAUGGUGGAAAGGUCAUGUUCCUCGAUACGGAACACACUUUCCGCCCAGAUAGAUUACGACCGAUCGCAGAUCGAUUUAAUUUGGAUCAAAAUGCUGUAUUGGAUAACGUAUUAUAUGCUAGAGCUUAUACUUCUGAACACCAGGCUGAACUCUUGGACUACGUAGCGGCGAAGUUCCAUGAAGAGGCGGGAGUAUUCAAGCUUCUGAUUAUUGACUCCAUCAUGGCGCUCUUCCGCGUUGACUUCUCAGGACGAGGCGAGCUAGCCGACAGACAACAGAAACUGGCUCAGGUUUUAUCACGGUUACAAAAGAUAUCAGAAGAAUACAACGUUGCAGUAUUCAUAACAAACCAAAUGACAGCAGAUCCUGGGGCGACUCUCUCUUUCCAAGCGGACCCGAAGAAGCCUAUCGGAGGAAACAUUCUCGCCCACGCUUCGACCACUAGAAUCUCGUUACGAAAGGGCCGUGGUGAAAAUCGAAUCGCCAAAAUCUAUGAUUCGCCAGAUUUGCCUGAAAGUGAAGCUACCUUUGCCAUAACUAAUGGUGGAGUAACAGAUGCUAAAGAUUAAAGUGUAUUAUUAACUUAUUUAUUAUUGCACUUACCAUAAUAAUUGUGUUUUAUUUAAAUAUGUUAUUUAGGUGGGGAUUCUUAGGUAAUAUCGUAUUUUUGAUGUUUACUUAUUAAAGAUGAAGUUUUUAAAAUUUAAAUAAGUAAAUUAGGGUAAUUGUAGGAAAAUGUCUAUUAUAA